AUGCGCAAAGCUCUCGCUCCCAUCGUGGCUCUGGCCGCUCAAGCCGGUGCAGUCGUCAUUCCCGUCGACGUCGCCAGUGCUUCCCACCAGGCCCCCGUCGCCGCCAGCGAGAUCACGUUCAAAGCCUCCAAUGGCUCUGACGUGAUUCUCAACAUCGGCAAGGGCUUCGCCAUGGUCGAGGACAUGCGCAACUCGUCUUCCCCCCUCGCCAAGCACAUCAAGAUCGAGCCCGCCAAGGGCCAUGCCGAGCUUUGCACCAUCCGCGCCACCAAGAGAGCCGGCGCCGGCAUGCCUCGUCGCGACGACUGCCAGGCCCUCCACGACUAUGUCAAGGCCCACAACGCCCUGGUCUACUUCGAGGACCACGACGCCGAUCUUGCCCGCUGGGCCGAGGUCUUCUGGGUCGGAACCUGCGCCUUCCGCAGCCAGACCUUCAACCGCGAUGUCGUCUUCAGCAACGCCGAUGUCACGCGCUUCCUCGAGAGCGCUCUCAACCGCCGCGCCUGGACUGUCGACGGCCGCCUCUCCGCCUCUAGUGAAGCUGACUGCGCCGUUGUCGACGGCGAGCUUGGCUGGGCUCCUAUGUUCUGGCGUCUCCAGGAGCGCGCCGCCACCGAGUCCCUGGCCGGCGACAACGCCCUCGACAUUCGCGACGCCAAGGCCCUUGGCCCUCUCGUCGUCAAGACGGCCGACAUGAUCCCCAAGGACACGUCCGCCUACAUCAUGAACGACAGAAUCCCCAUCGACACCAACCUAGGCGCCCUCGCCAACGUCACGGCUAGCAACAACACCCUCGCCAAGCGCUUCCUGCUCACCACCGGCGGCGACAUGGAGGGCCCCUACUGCAAGCCCACCUGGCUGACAUCCUCCUGGAGCGAGUCCAACAUCCCUCGCAAGGUCGAUUGCGAGCUCCUCGCCAAGUUCGUCCAGAACAACAGUGCCCGCGUCAAGUUUAAGGACCGUGACGUCGGGUACUGGGCCAAGUUCGCUGCCCACGGGACCUGCGGCAUCAUGUUCAAGACCACCAAGCCCGGCAUCGUCGUCACCAACAGAGACAUGCUCCGCUUCGUCGACAAUGUCAUCCGCUGGGAAGAGUGCAACACCGAUGACGGCGGCGUCACCGGCAAGAUGGGCGUCUGGUGCAUUCUCGACGGAAGCAGGCCCAUCCACAACGGCGAGUUCAGCCUCUUCUGGCGCAACCCCAACCUUCCUUCUGGCGAGCUCGACCGCCGCGACAUUGAUGCUGAGGCCUUCAAGACCCCCGACUACAGCAACAUCAAGCUCGUCGAGGCCAAUGCCACUGAGCCCAAGGCCCCUGCCGACGAUGCCGCCCACGUCGCCUGGGUCGACGUCGCCGUCCUUGACAAGAACGGCAACAACGCCACUUUCCAGGUCAACGGCAACGUCCGGUCCGAGGUCGAGACCCUUGGCGGCAAAUCCGAGCAGGUCAUCACGCCCCUCGGCCCCUCGAAGCGCUGCAACGGCAAGACUAUCUGGAUGGGCGGCGCGCACAAGGACUCGGCCCUCAUCGAGGACUGCAAGACGCUCAUGAUCUACAUCCGCGAGCACCGCAAGUUCUGGAUGUUCAACGCGGACGAGGUGCGCGCCGCGCGCGUCGGCGACCUGACCCCGAUCAUCAAGUACCAGACGUGCCACUUCGCCUACGGCCCGCGCUACUUCAGCGUCAUCGGCAACAUGGACAUUGAGCGUCUGCUCGAGGGCGCCAUCGAGCACCUCGACAACACCCACGGUCGCAUGCGCGGCUGGGGCAACAUCGGCUGCGACCUCGAGGAGCAGUUCGGCAACAAGGCCCACGGCGCCUGGCAGAUCUACCCCUAG